AUGAAUGCAGGUGUGCAGGUAUGUAAUAUUUGGCGUUGGGCUGAAUUGGAAUACAGAUGGGCCCUUCGCCAGACUAGUUUUGAAUCUAGGGGGAUACAUGUAUCCAUCGUUUGGGGUGGUCUAUAUAAGAGGCCAGGGUCUAUUCUUUCCCUGAUGUUUUUAACAACACAAAUCUACAUCCGACUUCGAGAAGCCCCAUCUUCUUGUGAUCUAUUCAAGAGCCUUAAGACCACCAUAGUCACCAUGUGGAUAGCUUCCUUUGUUUCGCUCCUCCUCCUCUCGGCCACCGCUGCGGGCGCCCUACCAACCAACCUCCCUCGAGACGCAUCGUCCUAUUCAUAUCUAUUCGAAAAUGCCCCCGAUGACCUCAAACUAAUCAACUGCCCACUCGGAAACUCGGUUCACUUCCCCGAAUCGACCCUGCCAGCUCCAUCCAAAGGCCUAGAGCUCAAGUUCAUGACCAUCGGCCGCGGAACCCAGAACUACACCUGCCCCGCAAACAACAACACCGCGAAACCCAAAGCCACCGGUGCAACCGCAAACCUCUUCGAUGCAUCCUGUAUCGCAGCUCUACACAUAGACAGCGACUCCGGAAACCAAUCCCCCAUACAUAUCGUCCCUGACGUCCUCAAACCCAUCGCAAUGGGCACUGUGGAUUUCCUAGCUGAUAUGCUAAGACGCACCCGGGGUCAGAAUAUGGAAAUUGGAAAGCAUUAUUUUACUGCAGACGGGGUGCCCUUUUUCGACCUUCGCUCGCAACAUUCGUCCAAUGAUUGGCUGUCUUGCCAGAAGGAAGCUGAGAUUUCCGCGCCUGAGAGGCCCGGAAACGAAGGUAAUGAGGACGUGGCAUGGCUGAAGCUGAAGCACGUUGACGGAGGCUUGAAUGAGGUUUACCGCCUACAUACAGCCGGCGGCGCGCCACCUGCUACAUGCGAGGGCGUCUCUGGAGAGUUUACGGUGGAUUAUGCAGCCGAGUAUUGGUUCUAUGGUUGA